CUGUUUCAUUUUUACUAAAUCACCGCGCCUAUCCGUCACUGUUUGGGUCGAUGUACUUCAGCUUCCUGGCAUUAUCCCCCUCCCUCUCCACCCUCCGCUGUGUACUCCAGCUGUGAAGGGGCCGGCAGAGAGGAGCAGAUCCCGCCUCCUCACCUCCUAUUGGGCAGUAUGAGGACUACAGGCUGGAGGGGGCGGCGGCGCUGAUUGUGACAGCUUUGCAGCGGCUGAGCACAGCUUGACUCGCCGGGGACUCUCCUUCGUACUAUGUUUAUCAGAAAUAAUAUCAUUACAGCAGGCUGAAGCAUUUUAAGCCUCCGGAGGAUUUUGCAAGCGCAGAUGCGAACUGACUGCACGGCAUCGCAUCACUGUGGUCACAUUUGGAUACAUUGCUCCAGUGAAUCUCCUCCUCAAUCCACCUGCCUGUGUGCGUCGGGAACAAGAAGCCCAUGGAGGGAUGUCGCGAUGCUGUGCACAAGGAGAACUAAAACUUUGGUGUCGACAUGUGUGAUCCUGAGCGGCAUGACCAACAUUGUUUGUCUCUUGUACGUCGGCUGGAUCACGAGCUAUGUGGCUAACGGCGGUCCCAAAGUUGCGGAGAGCGGCGGCGAGGCGGAGAGAAAGUUGGAGGAGGACAGUAAAGGAGAAACCCAGAGGAUUAUCGAGAGGCUGGACCGGCUGGAGAGCGUCGUCAACCAGCACAUUAAAGAGACCCCUCUGAAGGAUGGUGAAGACGCUGCGUCUUCGUCAGACUUGGCCUCAGACCCCGCCUCCUCACUCUUCAAGCACUGGGGUCAUGACCUGGGCCCUGAGAGUCGAAGGGUUGCCCUCAGGAAGUUCCGUUACUAUGGUUACAAUAGCUACCUUAGUGACCGCAUCUCCCUCACCCGUCCAAUCCCAGAUUUACGACCAGACAGGUGCCGAAACAUGUCAUAUUCAUCAGACCUUCCUCAGGUCAGCAUCAUCUUCAUCUUUGUCAACGAGGCCUUGUCAGUAUUGCUGCGCUCCAUCCACACUGCCAUCCAGAGGACUCCAUCCCACUUACUCAAGGAGAUCAUACUGGUGGAUGACCACAGUGACAGCUUGGAGCUCAAAGAGCACCUGCAGAGUUUUGUGGAGGAGACCAACACUCAGCACGGUCCAGGAUUCAUCAAGGUGGUCCACCAUGACAAGCAGGAAGGACUGAUCAGGUCCAGAGUCAGGGGCUGGAGGGCUGCCUCUGCUCCUGUGGUUGCUUUGUUCGAUGCACAUGUGGAGUUCAGCACUGGAUGGGCAGAACCAAUUCUGCAGAGAAUAAAGGAGAACCGGACCCGGGUCGUGUCUCCUUCAUUUGACAACAUCAAAUACGACACCUUUGAGAUCGAAGAAUACCCACUGUCUGCUCAGGGCUUUGACUGGGAGCUGUGGUGUCGAUACCUCAACCCACCAAAGUCCUGGUGGACACAACGCAACCACACAGCCCCUAUCAGGAGUCCUGCUCUGAUCGGCUGCUUUGUGGUUGACAGGAAAUACUUUGAGGAGAUUGGCCUGCUAGAUGAAGGUAUGGAAAUUUACGGCGGAGAAAAUGUGGAGCUCGGCAUCAGGGUGUGGCAGUGUGGUGGUAGUGUGGAGGUCCUCCCCUGCUCGAGGAUUGCACACAUUGAGCGUGCCCACAAGCCCUACACAGAGAACCUGACAGUCCAUGUGCGUCGGAAUGCUCUAAGAGUGGCUGAGGUCUGGAUGGACCAAUACAAGAGUCAUGUCUACAUGGCCUGGAAUGUUCCACUGCAGAACUCGGGAAUAGACAUUGGGGACAUUUCUGAGAGAAAGGCCCUGCGAUCCAGACUCCACUGUCGACCUUUCAGCUGGUUCCUCUCCAACAUCUACCCUGAGCUCCGAUCCUACAGCAAUACAGUUGCUUAUGGAGUGUUGAAGAACAGUCUAGGAGACAACCUGUGUUUGGACCAGGGACCUGACACUGACAACAUUCCCAUCAUGUAUCUCUGUCAUGGUAUGACACCGCAGAAUGUGUACUAUACCAGCUCCCAGCAGCUUCACCUGGGAGUGCUGAGUCCGACAAUUGAUGAUGAUGAUAACAAGUGUCUCGUGGACGUAAACAGCAGACCCAGGCUUCUGGAGUGCAGCUACGCAGCUACCAAGCACAUGAAGCUAACUUGGACAUUCACUCAGGGUGGCUCCAUCCAGAACACAGAGUCUCAGCGCUGCCUGGAACUGGUGGAGAGCAAACAGUCUGAGUUCAGUUUCCAGCUGGUCAUUCAGGACUGCACUGGUCAGAAAUGGACCAUCACUAACAUAAGGACUGUCCUGCCACAAUGAAUACAGUGACAUUGCUUGGCUACUGGAACACCUUUGUUAUGAUGGACUAAUUUAGUAAGCAAAGAAGUUUAAAUGAGGAAUCCCCCUGCUUCAAACUGGAUAACCAAACUGGCCCUGCUCCAAGAUUGACAGUUAGAAAUGGACAAACAUGCUGAGCCAAGCAGUUAACGAAGAAAAAAAACAAGAAUCACCACUGGUAAAAAUGUGCUUCAAUCAGACAUGGAACAUCAGUAACCUAAUAAUUAUUUUAUACCAAUGACCUGAGAGAAGAUACACUCACAGCUGGAACAAGGGCUCUUAAAACAUCCCACUCUGCAGUCAAAAUGCAGUCACUUGUUCCAGGAGACGGACUCAUGAAAUCAUGAGAAGGCCUGUGAUGUAUUCUGGGUCCCAGUCAGUUUAAAAUAGGGCCUGAACUUACUCAGUCUCAUCGCACAAUAACCAUAACAAAUUCAGUGAGCAUGGUUUCAGUAUGUUUGUGUGCAGAGGGAGUGACUGCUCACAUUCCAGAAAAAUCUAACAAUUUUACAAUAUAAACUGUCAUGCAAAUUAUAUGGAGGAGACAGGUUUUGAGUUAUUACUGUUACACAUUUCUUGACCUCAGAGUGUCAGUAGGACAGAUGCUAUAGAUUUCCUCAGGAUCACAAAAAAUGGAAAAAGUGUAAUGGAGAGUAACUGCUGAGUUAUUUAAACUUGUGAUAGAAAAUCUAUUUGUCAGAGGUUUCAAAGUGUGCUUUGCAAUUAAUUAGAUCACAAGCAGAGCCGUCGAUCAUGCUGGCAAGAGCCAUAUUUGUGGAUUCAGAGACAGAGCAGGAGAUUGACUGGAAAAGAAGAUUUUAGACUUCCUCCUGCUCUUGUAACACCAGCACAUAACACGACUCUGGCUCAUGCAGCAAUAAUAUAGCUUAAGCUAACGUGGGCAGAAGAGUGAAAAUGGUGUGGAAACUGUUCAUUUUGGAUCAGGAUUCUAAUAAUACUGAGAUUACUGAGUCCAAAUUCCCACAUUUAGAACUCAACUUAAAGGUUCUGUAUGGAGAAACCCUAAAAUCCCUCUUAUUAUUGACACCUAUGGCUGUAAAGUGAACUGCAGCCUGUGUCUUGCUGGCACACGCGCUCACACGUGCUCAUAAUCGCAUUCUGCAAGUAGGCAGGUGUGAGCAUCCAUAAUGUUCUUACAGACCCUUUCAGCCUCUUAACCAGUCCUCACUGUGUGUUUGCUGAGAGUGCACAAGUCACAGUCCAACCAUGGCAAUAACAUUACAAACAAACAAGCAAAGCAAACAUUAGCCAGGUAGCUGUAACUUACACUGUAGGCAUCCAGUGUUGCUUUGUUAGCCGAUGAAGUAAUUAUCAAAUGGCAAGCUUGACAAUUUACCAGCCAGGUCAGCCCCAGAGUUUGGAUGACUUAGCAGACGUUAUCCACAGUAGUUUGAUACUGAUUUGUCCACGUUAGCAAUCAAGCUAAUGUUAGAAAGCAUUAGCCAGCUAAAACCACAGUAUCACAAUACAUUUCACAGGCUUUGCAGUAAUGUUAGCUCACCUGUCCAGUAGAAGAGCAAGCACAUCCCCAAAGCUGAACAAAGGUCCCUCCAUGAAUCAAAUGCCCUGUCAGUUUUGAACCCUAGUUUUCCCCUGACAGCAGACCAAUUCACUUUUGGCCAAAUGGCCUUCAUGAGAUAAGGUUUUCAGUUUUUUGUUCUUAUAUGGAGUUUGUGUUGGAGCAUUCCUGGUGCUGGGGGGUCAGUCAUUUCUUAACAGUGGGAGACUCCAUGGUGGUUGCACAGAGGAGACUUUUAUUGUGGAAAGACACUCAGGAGCAAGCAUCCUGAAAACUUGAUCUGAGUUCUUUACAUACAUUUAGUCUCUAGGAUGUUGUAAGCAACAGAGAAAGUCAGGCAAUGGCUCAUUUUUAUGUCAUGUUACAAGCUUUACACACGCUGGCAAUAAAAGGACAAUUAUUACAUGUAAAUUGUUUCACAUUCUUUCAUGCAGAACCUUUAACUAAGAAAUUAUGACUCAAACUCUGUUUUCUGGAUAUUUGACUACCUGUCUAAGCUUUGCUUGUUUGCGUAAUAAUGUUAUUGGUGCACCCUCAGUAUGCACACAGUUAGGUCUGGUAAAGAGACUGACAGGGUCAGUAAUAACUUUAUGGAUGCUCAUGCCUUCCUGCUUAUGGAAUGUGAGCAACAGGAUGCAGGCUGCAGUUCACUUCACAGCCACAGGAGUCAGUAAUAAUCAGAGUCUUAGGAUUUCUCCAUACACAACCUUUAAAGAAGCCUGUGAAUAUUCUCAUUCAUCCAGUUAGUAGUUAUCUCAAGGAAAUUUAAAUUGAACGCAACUGGACUUAGUUGUAGUCUAGGAAGACAUUUCACCUCUCGUCCAAGAGGCUUCCUCAGUUCCUGCACACAUCUGACCAGGCUGGGACUGGUUUAAUUUAAUUUAAAUUUCCUUGAGAUAACCUUCAAAGAAACCACCAAAUUUUGGAUUGUUUGUAUUCAUGUAACUGUUACAUUUUCUGUAAACUUUAUCCCCCAGAAUGUUGUUUUAAAGCCAUUUCUACACUGCCAGGUAUGUAAUAACAGUGGAGAGAACUGAAUCCCUUUUAUAUAAAUUCUUUUUGGCUUGGAAACAGUUACAUUUAUGUAGCCAAAAAAUGUGAAGAAUUAACCUUAAAAAAGAGAAAUCUCCUAAAUUCUCAGAAAUAUCACAGAGGAUAGUCGUAGUGAUUGCAAUGCUAAGUCUCCAUGUUGUCAAAGAGGCAAAUUCAAAUGAGAAGGGGAGUGAUGUUAAGACUGCUGGUUCAGAUAUUAUUUUCAUGGAGAUCUGUGAUGAUAAAUAAGUAGUUAAAAGAAAAAUCCAUCGUAAAAUUCUGUCAGUCCACCCAAGUGUUUUUUUUGCCAAUUAUGACCUCUUCUCACGUUAAGGUUGCUAUGCAUCAUCACUCAACCCUGUAUAUUUAAAAGAAUCAAACCUGCAGCUGUUUUUCCAUAGUAGGUAUAAUAAAACAGACAUAGAAGAUGUACAUUUAACAGUCUUUACAGUCUGUAUACACCCACAGAGUCCUGAGAAGAUGUUUAAGGAGGCAAAGUAACUUCAAAAGCUUGUCUGGGUGUUAAAUGAAUGUGCAGAAGCUUUAACAGAGAAAAAACUCAAGCUCAGAUAUUUACAGUUUGAUUUUUUAUUAUUUGGUAUUUGUCUUCUGUGUAAAGCAUCUUUAUGUAUCCUGAAACCACUAUAUAAAUAAAAUGUAUUAUUAUUUCAGAGGCUUCUAUAAAGUCCUCCUUUUGAAUGUUAAGAGCUAAGGCUGACCCCACCCAUAACUUCAGUCAGAAAUGCAGCUUUUUUUUUUUCUUCUUUUUUGCUUGAAUCUGG